CUGAGAGGAGUGAGGAUGGCGGGACGGCCCCGGUCCGAUCCGGUCCGGUCCGACCCACCGGGACAGCGCCGCCCGGUGCUCCUCGCCGCGCCCGACAGGGGGCGCCAUCGCACCGGACGUGUCCGGCGGCGCGGGGCGGUCCCGGAAGAGCCCCGAGUGGGAGGGGGCGCGGAGGCGGGAGGCGGUGGGGCAAUGGGUGUCUUCGCGUUCCUGCUGUUGCUGCUGCCGUGGGCCGCCCGCGGCGCGGCGGUGUGCGGACGCUGCCCGGGGCCGCCGCGGAACGGCUCCAUCGUGGCCCAAUACUGCGCGUCCCAGGCUGGCACCGAGAGUGACGGGCGCUGCUGCCGGCAACGGGGAGCAUCCUCGGAGCGUCUUCUCGGGUUGGACCUGAGCAACUGCUCCCUGCACAGCCUACCCCUGGAGCUGGCUGAAGCCACCGCUGUCAUCAUCCUGGACCUGACAGACAACCCCCUGAUGUCCCUCCCCAGGAACUCCUUCCUGGGCUACACCCACCUGCAGCGCCUUGCGGUGCCACUGACGCUGGAGUGCCCAGGUGGGAGCAGCGCCUGGGAGAACGUGACAAUGGGUGAGAAUGACCGGCUCUGCCAGGGCCAGAGGAACCCCUGCAACAGCUCCCAGGAGCUCGCCUGGCCAUGCCCUGAGAAUGCUGCUUGUGCACCAGAUGGCCCCGGCCUCAUCCAGUGCCUCUGCAACAGCCCCUUCCAUGGCUACAAGUGCCUACGUGAGGGCACGUUCCCCGUGCUGCUUUUCUGCAGUGUACUGGGAGUCAUCACCCUGUCCCUGUCUCUGCUGCUGUGGGGAACUCAGCGCCGGAAAGCCAAGACCCACUGAGCAGGGCUGUGGGAAGGCUCUAUGUCCAGGGAACACUGGAGCCUGUAUUACCUUGAGAAGGCUGGGAAGUAAUAAAGCCCAUGACACCCUGUC